CACGGUCCUAUCGUUCAAGAUUCUGUUGCUGACAGUGCUAGAUAAAGAACCGCAUUGCCCGUGGUCCACUGGUACACAGGCCCAUCAGGAUGCAUGCUCCGGCACGCCGGCGCGCCGGUCAAGUCGAGAUCGCCGGUCACCGAUGCGGCGCUACUGAUGAGACGUUACCGGCACGGUGUCCGGUCGGUGGCCGGACUAAUCCUCCCCCGAGAGACCGGGUUGACAUGCGCCGACGCGCUCUCUGCCCGCUGAUUGCUGGAGCGGGGCCGACAUCGCUCGACUCCAAGGUCUUAAGCUCGCCGGGUUCCCGUUCGUCCCAUCACCAUCUCCCAUCCCAUCACCAUGCCAGAGUGGCCUACUAUUGCCAAGCUUGAAACGUUCAUCCCGUCCGCGACGGGGUCGGGGGGUGACUAUCACCGCCAGGCGAACGAGCACUGGAUUGUGCAAGGCAACAUCUCGUGUCCGAUGCACAAGUACGACGAGUAUCGUAGCUCGCGCACGUCGUGGGGCAUCGGCGUGCUCGGAUCCAUCUUCGUCAAGAUCACCGCGUCCGACGGGACAGUUGGGUACGCGACGGGCUUUGGCGGCCCGCCUGCGUGCUGGCUCAUUGAGGAGCACUAUAAGCGCUUCAUUGUGGGCCAGGACCCUCGCGACACCAACAAGAUGUGGGACAUGAUGUUCCGGGCGAGCAUGUUCUACGGACGCAAGGGCCUCCCCCUCGCUGCCAUCUCGGUCGUCGACCUUGCGAUCUGGGAUUUGAUCGGCAAGAUCCGCGGCGAGCCCAUCUACAAGAUGAUCGGCGGACGCACCAAGAAAGACAUCCCGCUCUACCUGACGGGCCCGAAGCCCGCUGUGGCGAAGAAGCUGGGCUUCUGGGGCGCCAAAGUCCCGCUGCCCCACGGCCCGCCCGACGGCCCUGCGGGCAUCCGCGCCAACGUCGCCUACCUCAAAGCAGCCAAGGAGAGCGUCGGCCCCGACUUCCCCGUCAUGGUAGACUGCUACAUGUCGCUCGACGUGCCGUACACGAUCGAGCUGGUGCGCGCGUGCGAGGCCGCCGGCCUGCACAUGCACUGGUGGGAGGAGUGCCUGCACCCGGACGACUUCGAUGGGCAUGCCGAGCUGCACCGCGCACUCCCGCACGUCAAGUUCACGACGGGCGAGCACGAGUACUCCAAAUACGGGUUCCGCAAGCUUAUCGAGGGGCGCAACCUCGCUAUCAUCCAACCAGACGUCAUGUGGCUUGGCGGGCUCACUGAGCUCAUCAAGGUUGCGAAUAUGGCGGCGGCGUACGACAUCCCCGUUGUGCCGCACGGGUCGGGACCCUACUCAUUCCAGGCCAUCAUGAGCUUCCCCAACUCGGACUUCUGCGAGUACAUUGCCAACUCGCCUGAUGGAGAGAGCAUCCACCCAUCGUUCGGUGACCUCUUCACCAACGAGGUUCUGCCCACCAACGGCCGCAUUGACCUCAGCGAUGCACCGGGGUGGGGUCUUGAGCUCAAUCCCAACGCCAAGCUCGUGCCGUACAGCACAUUCUUCGCGCCUGCUGGCGGCCUUGGUAGCGCAGGCGAGGACCGCACAGAGGAGGAGCAGGAGAAGUUCAAGGGCAAGGUCACCAACGGCCACUAGAUGAGACAUUGCAUGCAUGGACAUGAAACUGG